AUGUCAUCGGGUUGUAACGCUGAAAGCGGGACACCUGGCAACUGUGGGCGGGCGGCGCGGGGCGGCGCGGGGCGGGCGGCGAGGGGGUAUACACUGUGCCGUGUACUGUGUACUGUAGACUGUAGUAUACCUAAGAUAUUUAACUGCCUCAGUGGUGUAGUGGCUAGCAUGUACGGCUGCACACCCGGAGGUCCUGGGUUCGAGUCCCGGGUCGGGUCAAGUUUAGUUAUUGAGUCUUUCUGUAUAGUAAGCCUCAGUAACAGCCCGGAGUUGGGAAGGUGGCGGUGUUUCACCCCGUGCCUCGGAGAGCACGUAAAGCCGUCGGUUCUGCGCCUUAACUCUCACUGGUCGUGUCGAGCAGUCGUCCCCCCGGAGUAUGAGAGUGACAGGAAUAGAGAGUGCACGUUGUGUCUGCGCGUACACUUGUGCACUAUAAUAUCUCCUGCGCAGUUGGUUAGUCUCAAUGAGAUUGACCGCCGUGGCCGGAGUUGGUCAGGAGAACAUCAUCAAUUA